GCUUGUCUCCUCUCCUGGUCUUGCCCUUAUCGCUCGGCGGUGUUAGAGGUGAAACGGUCUCUCGUCUCGCGCACUCCUCGCGGCGAAUGUGAGAUGCCCGCUCGGACUCUUCCUCCCCCGUUCCACAUGCUGCCUAUUACCCUCGGGAGAUGGAACUCCACUUCCAGCCACCACCGAGACUCCGCCAUGGGUUUGGGAUUGGGCGGACCCCCGCCGUCGAGCCCUUCCACCGCUGAUCCGGCCGCCGCCGCCUCCUCCGUCGCCAGUCGCCGGACCAUCCCGUCCCUCCUCUUCUUCUGCCGCCACCGCCGCGGCGGUCUCGCACCCUCCAUCUUCACCUGCCUCGCCCUCGCCUCCACCGUCCUCGUCAUCCUCUUCUUCCUCCAGAGGGCGGUGGACGAUGUGGUCGCUCGGACGAGGACGGUCGCCGGCCACAACCUGGAGCCCACCCCCUGGCACCCGUUUCCCCACAGCAAGGUGCGCCCGGACGCCUCCACCGUCCUCCGCUGCUCCUAUCUCUCCUGCCCCCGCCUCCGGAUCACCCUCCCCUCUCACGCCUCUUUCGAUGAAGAUGGAGAUGCCGGCGAUUCUCCGCAGCAGCAGUCGUGCCCUGCGUUCUUUAGUUCGAUCCACCGAGACCUGGAGCCAUGGAGGCGGUCCGGCAUCUCCCCCGCCAUGGUGGUGGAGGCUGGGAAGCACGCCGCCAUGCGGGUGGUCAUCCUCGACGGCCGCCGCCUCUACGUCGACCUGUACUACGCGUGCGUGCAGAGCCGGGCCAUGUUCACGAUCUGGGGCCUGCUGCAGUUGCUGAGGAGAUACCCCGGCAUGGUCCCGGAUGUGGACUUGAUGUUCGAUUGCAUGGAUCGACCGGCCAUCAGCCGAUCCGAUUACCAGGAUGGCAGACCUCCUCCGCCGCUCUUCCGCUAUUGCACCACCAAAGAUCAUUUCGACAUCCCCUUCCCUGACUGGUCCUUCUGGGGCUGGCCUGAGGUAAAUGUUCGACCCUGGGAUGAGGAGUUCAGAAGCAUCAAGCUGGGUUCUCAAGCUAUCAACUGGAAGAGGAAGGAUAAAACUGCAUAUUGGAAGGGAAACCCAUAUGUUCAGUCACCCAUAAGGAUGGCAUUAUUAAAUUGUAAUGACACUAAGAAGUGGGGAGCUCGAAUUAUGCGUCAAGACUGGGUAGAAGAAUCAACUUCUGGUUUUCAGAACUCUAACCUUUCGAACCAGUGCAACCAUCGUUAUAAGAUCUAUGCCGAAGGUUUUGCAUGGUCUGUGAGCUUAAAAUACAUCAUAGCAUGUGGAUCCCUUGCAUUAAUUAUACAUCCACAGUAUGAAGAUUUCUUCAGUCGUGGUUUGAUUCCGAAAAAGAACUACUGGCCUAUUGAUCCUACUAACUUAUGUCAGUCUAUAAAGUCGGUGGUUAACUGGGGAAAUAAUCAUCAGUCCCAGGCAGAGUCUGUAGGGAAAAGGGGGCAGGCAUUCAUGGAGGAUUUGAACAUGGAUCGGGUGUAUGACUAUAUGUAUCACCUCAUUGUGGAGUACUCGAAAUUGCAGGACUUCAAGCCAGUCCCCCCAUCUUCUGCUCAAGAAGUGUGUGUGGAAUCUAUUCUUUGUGUUGCGGACAAUCAACAUAGCCAGUUCCUUGAAAGAUCAUAUGCAUCCCCUUCAUCCUUUUCCCCGUGCACCCUUCCUCCACCUCAUAACGAUGUUGGCAAGAGUUAGAUGGAAAACCAGGAGAACUGGAGUGGUGGUAUUCAGGAGAUGGAGACGGAUUAGGCUGAAAAGGUUGCUUAAGGGACUUCAAAUCCUUGUUGGCUUUAAACUCAGGAUCACACUUGAGCUGCAUCGGUCCCCAGACUAGCAUAACCGGGAAUACUGCAAGUCUGCAAAGCUGAAUAGAGGUGUCGACUGUCUUGUCCUUGCUCGAGCAAUUUAAUGACCAACAUCUUGCAGACAUCUUAGCAAACGAAAGUGCUCAUCUGCUGAUCAACUAGUCUUCAGGAAAAAAGGGCAAAAAAAAA